UGUGCUGGGAUGUGAUCACUUUACCCGUGAUUCGAAAUUUAAACACAUGCUACUUCUAUAUUCAUUCUGCUUUCCCGAGGCCCUAAACACCGUGCGCUUCAACAAUUCCCCACCGGCGAAUCCAGAUCAACGUUUCAAGCGCUCACUUGCUUAUACUGCAAUCCUGCGGCGUGGACACGAGGGAAAGCUUAAAUCUCGCUCACACUUUUUCUCCCUCAGUUAUUUGUUAUAACGGGUAGCUUCUCAACCACGUCUGCGCCGUCUUACUAAAAGUCUGCUUAUAGGUUAAUAUGGCAAAAAUCCUCCAAGCUGUCAGCGUUGUGAAAUCUUUGAGACAAGGAUGCGUGUUAGGCAGAAAAGUGGGGAACGCGGGCUGCCUGAGACUUCACACUGCAAAACUUUUUAGUGUCAAGACCCAGACAGCCCACCUGGUCUUGGAGGAUGGCACCAGGAUGAAAGGGAUUUCUUUUGGGCAUGAUGCCUCUGUAGCUGGAGAGCUGGUCUUCAAUACUGGUCUUGUGGGGUAUCCCGAGGCCCUGACUGACCCAAGUUAUAGAGGUCAAAUACUGACGCUGACAUAUCCAAUUGUAGGGAACUAUGGUGUGCCGAAUACAGAGGAACUGGAUGAGCUAGGCCUGAGAAAACAUGUAGAGUCAGAACGCAUUCAGGUAUCUGGUCUACUGGUUCAAGACUACAGCCACGAGUACAGCCACUGGAACUCUGUCAAGUCUCUGGGUCAUUGGCUGCAAGAAGAGAAGGUUCCUGCGCUGUUUGGGAUAGACACCAGGAUGCUGACCAAAGUCAUCAGAGAUAAGGGAACAGUUUUGGGGAAGAUUGAAUUUGAUGGUCAGCCUGUUGACAUAACUGACCCCAAUCAGAAAAACCUAGUAGCAGAAGUUUCAACCAAGGAAGUCAGAGUUUUUGGAAAAGGCAACCCAAUUAAAGUGGUGGCUGUCGACUGUGGCAUUAAACAUAACAUAAUUCGACUGCUGGUUAAGCGAGGUGCAGAAGUCCACCUAGUGCCGUGGGACCAGGACUUGCUUAGUCUAGACUAUGAUGGCCUGUUCAUAUCUAAUGGACCAGGAGAUCCAUCUCUGGCCAAGACACUCAUCAAUAAUGUGCACAAGGUGCUGGAGAGCGAUCGUCCCCAGCCAGUAUUUGGUAUCUGUAUGGGCAAUCAGAUCACUGCCCUGGCUGCAGGAGCCAAGUCAUACAAACUACCUAUGGGCAACAGAGGCCAGAACCAGCCGGUGUUGAAUGUGAUGACGGGCCAGGCCUUCAUUACCGCACAGAACCACGGUUAUGGCAUAGACAGCGAGUCCCUGCCCCCAGGGUGGGGCCCGCUUUUCAUCAACGCAAAUGAUGGCACCAAUGAGGGGAUCAUGCACAGCACUAAACCUGUUUUCACAGCCCAGUUUCACCCCGAGGCUAAGGGCGGUCCCACGGACACAGAGUUUCUCUUUGAUGUCUUUUUGUCCUUGAUCAAAAAAGGAAAGAAUACCAGCAUAGCGUCAGUCAUGCCCAUAAAGCCCAGCAUCCCUCCCAGGGCCCAGGUUUCAAAGGUGCUUGUACUGGGUUCUGGUGGCCUCUCUAUUGGUCAGGCUGGUGAGUUUGACUACUCUGGAUCUCAAGCCAUCAAGGCCAUGAAGGAGGAAAACCUGAAGACGGUGCUCAUGAAUCCAAACAUAGCCUCUGUUCAGACCAAUGAAGUGGGCUCCAAGCAGGCUGACUCAGUCUACUUCCUGCCUGUCACGCCAGAAUUUGUAACUGAGGUCAUCAAGACCGAGCGUCCAGACGGCAUCCUGCUCUCGAUGGGUGGACAAACUGCACUCAACUGUGGGGUAGAAUUAUUCCAGCGUGGCAUCUUGGACCAGUACGGGGUGAAAGUCCUUGGAACCCCUGUGGAGUCCAUAAUGGCAACAGAGGACAGGCAGCUUUUUGCUGACAAACUAAUGGAGAUCAAUGAGAAAAUUGCACCUAGUAUUGCUGUUGAGUCGGUGUCUGAUGCAUUACGAGCAGCAGAGCAGAUAGGCUACCCAGUGAUGUUGCGAUCGGCCUACGCUCUGGGGGGUCUGGGCUCUGGUCUGUGUGCCAAUAAAGAAAAGCUGGAGGAAACUGCCCAGAAGGCUCUGGCCAUGAGCAAUCAAAUCCUUGUGGAAAAGUCUUUGCUUGGCUGGAAAGAGGUGGAAUACGAGGUGGUACGAGACGUUGCUGAUAACUGUGUCACCGUCUGCAACAUGGAGAACUUCGAUCCACUGGGCAUCCACACAGGUGACUCCAUUGUGGUGGCACCAAGCCAGACAUUAUCCAAUGAGGAGUACCAUAUGCUCCGUGAAACUGCCAUCAAGGUGGUACGUCACCUUGGCAUUGUUGGCGAAUGCAACAUCCAGUAUGCCUUACACCCAUCUUCUUUGGAGUACUGCAUUAUUGAGGUGAAUGCACGGCUAUCGAGAAGCUCAGCUCUGGCAUCCAAAGCAACUGGUUAUCCCUUGGCAUUUGUUGCUGCUAAGCUGGCUCUGGGAAUCCCCCUGCCUGAGAUCAGGAAUGCUGUAUCAGAGAAGACCACAGCCUGCUUUGAGCCCAGUUUAGACUACAUCGUCACCAAGAUUCCUCGCUGGGACCUCGACCGCUUUCACGGCAUGUCUCAUGAAAUAGGCAGUGCCAUGAAGAGUGUAGGAGAGGUGAUGGCAAUAGGCCGUACGUUUGAGGAGAGUAUGCAGAAGGCCUUAAGGAUGUGUCAUCCAUCAGUAGAUGGCUUUGUGCCCCAGCUGCCACUCAAGAAGCCGUGGUCCAACACCCACGAUCUAGAACAGGAGCUGGCUGUGCCCUCCAGCACCCGCAUCUUCUCCCUCGCCAAGGCCCUCUACAGUGGCACGAUGAGUGUUGAUCAGAUCCACCAGCUGACAGCCAUAGACAAGUGGUUCCUCCACAAACUUCAUGGAAUAACAAAAGUGGAGCAACAUCUUGCAAACUACAAAAGUGGCACAGUCCCCAAGGGGAUGUUGCUAAAGGCCAAGCAGGACGGCUUCUCAGACCGGCAGGUUGGUCAGAUUCUGGGCUGCAAUGAGGGAGUAGCAAGAGAGCUGAGGCUCAAUUAUGGCAUCAGACCUUGGGUCAAACAGAUUGACACUUUGGCAGCAGAGUACCCAGCAAUGACCAACUACCUGUAUUGUACAUACCACGGUCAGGAGCACGAUCUGGACUUUAAAGACCAGGGAAUUAUGGUUCUUGGUUGUGGACCCUACCACAUAGGCAGCAGUGUUGAGUUUGACUGGUGUGCGGUGUCCAGCAUCAGAGCCUUGAGACAAAUGGGCAAGAAGACGAUUGUAGUAAACCACAACCCAGAGACGGUCAGCACAGACUUCGAUGAGUGUGAUCGCCUUUACUUUGAAGAGCUGACCCUGGAACGCAUUCUGGAUAUCACCCAGCAGGAGGGUUGCUCUGGCUGCAUCGUAUCAGUGGGAGGUCAGAUUCCUAACAACCUAGCCGUCCCCUUGCACAUGAGUGGGGUGAAGAUUCUCGGGACGAGCCCCCUGCAGAUCGACCGAGCUGAAGAGCGCUCUGUCUUCUCCAGUAUCCUGGAUGACCUCGAGGUUGCCCAAGCCCCAUGGAGGGCCCUGAGCUCCCUGGAAGACGCGUUUGCCUUCGCUAACCAGGUGGGGUACCCCUGUCUGCUGAGGCCCUCCUAUGUUCUGAGUGGCUCUGCUAUGAACGUUGUGUACGGUGAAGAGGAGAUGAAACGCUUCUUGGAAGAGGCUGCACACGUGUCCCAGGAGCAUCCAGUUGUCAUCACCAAAUUCAUACGUGGUGCCAGGGAGGUGGAGGUAGAUGCCGUGGCCAAGAAUGGCAAGGUUUUGGUUCAUGCCAUAACAGAGCAUGUGGAAGAUGCCGGGGUGCACUCUGGAGAUGCAACCUUGACACUGCCAACCCAGACCAUUAGCCAAGGUGCACUGGAAAAGGUUAAAAUUGCCACCCGAAAAAUUGCACACGCAUUUGAAAUUUCUGGGCCAUUUAACACUCAAUUUCUGGUUAAAGGCAAUGAUGUCAUGGUGAUCGAAUGCAAUCUGCGGGCGUCACGCUCCUUCCCUUUUGUAUCCAAAACAAUUGGUGUCGACUUUAUCAACGUGGCAACCAAAGUGAUGGUGGGAGAGCCUUUGGAUGAGGCCAGCCUUCCCUCGCUCGAGACACCCAUCAUUCCCGUGGACUACGUUGGAAUCAAAGCACCCAUGUUCUCCUGGCCACGACUGAGAGAUGCAGACCCUGUGCUUCGCUGUGAGAUGGCUUCCACUGGAGAAGUAGCUUGUUUUGGACCAAACAUUUACUCGGCCUUCCUAAAAGCUAUGCUGUCCACAGGCUUUAAGUUGCCUCAGAAGGGCAUCCUGAUUGGGAUUCAGCAUUCGUUCCGACCCAGUUUCCUGGCUACAGCAAACCAGCUGAAAGACGAAGGCUUCAAGCUCUAUGCUACUGAAGCCACUUCUGCUUGGUUGUGUGCCAAUGACGUUCCUGCCAUUCCAGUAGCCUGGCCCACUGGGAUGGGUGGAGACAACAGCUUGCCCAGUAUUAAGAGACUGAUCAGUGAGGGUCAUAUUGACCUGGUGGUCAACUUGCCCAAUAACAAUACUCGCCACGUGAAGGAUAACUUCCUCAUCCGUAGAAUGGCCAUUGACCACGGAGUUCCACUCAUUACCAAUUUUCAGGUGGUAAAGCUAUUUGCUGAGGCUAUCCACUAUGCAGCUCAGCUGGACACUACAAGUCUAUUCCACUACCGGCAGAAAGAAAGCCAACAAAGAGGGUCUAGCCAGCAGGGUUAGAAUUUCCUCCCCAGUUGCAAAACAGCAAUAUUAAGUGAGAGCAAUAUUUUGUACUAUUUUCUUAUAACACUUGGAACCAAGCUUUCCACAUUAAUGGGGAAAUAAGCCCAUUUUAAAUAAACCAGAAUUCUCCUAAAGUCAGGGCUUUUACAAUAAUUAAACUCUGCCUUUCCCAAAAGGUCAAACGGGUCAUUAGAAUAAAUGUUCCGAACAGGGAAAGAGAUGAGUGUCGUACUGGAUUAGGAUAAACAUCAGCCAUCUAGUUUCUUCAUAACCUGGCAAUCCAAAAACUGUUAAUAUUAAUAGCUAGCAAGCUAAAAAGCAUUAUAGAACUAAUUACUAAUAAUUAAAGCCCUUUCGUUGGAGCGCAAAACCAAUUCUAAAGGGUGACUUAUAAAGGGGUACCAGAGAAGGUAAUUACACUGGAUUUUCAAUUAUGUAAAUCCCUAAGGAGAGUUUAUUUUCUUUUGUUGUUUCAUUUAUGGCUCUCGCUGGAUGUAAUGAAAUGAAAAUUUUCAAUUUCUCAGCUCCCCUCAGUCAAUUUUAAUGCUACUGGCUUGGCCAAAAGACUUUACUAAUUUGCUCUUGUUGAGGUAUUUUCUUGUAGUUUGGAUGGUGUUAAAAAUGUACUGUAUGUAAAGCAUGUACUAUAUCCAUAACUUUCAACACAAGUGUAGAUAAACAAACUGAAAUAAUAGACUUUCCCCCUUUUUGGUAAGAAAGCACUGUUAUUUUCAAGGGCAUCGGUCUGGAACACAAACGUUGAAGUUUGAAGAUGAUGGCAACCUCUCUGUUUAUAUAUUUGGAUUGAUCUCUGUAUAUACCAUAUGUUUCAAAUUCAGUCUGCAUGUGAACCUGCUGUGCAUUUUAAUGCAUCAAAGUGAAAACGCAUUCAACCAGACGUUGUGUUGAAAUAAUAGUCUCAUAUUUUGUUACUUGCUUUUGCUUUUGGUAAUAGUUGUUUUAACAAUCAGUGAAACACAAUAAAGACCUAUUUCGCAUAAUGGAUGCUCUUUGUGUUGGUGUUUUUCAAAGCGGUUGUGAUGGUCAGGCAUUAAAAUGACUGUCACCCUAACAUCAGUGUAGAUGCUUUUAAGAGCCCCAUCGCAUACAGACGCACACAAAAAUUAAUUUGGCACUAGAAUGUCGAAUUGACAAAGAGUAACAAUGGCAACAGUUAAUUCUAAGGCCAGUUGUCAGCUUGUGAUCAG